AUGCAGCAACGUUCCCGUGCCGCGGCGCGCGCGGUGGUGGCGACGGUGGGGAGCGAGGCGCGAGUCCCGACGGGGCACGUGGCGGUGUGCAUGGGCGGCAUGGCGUGGCGGUUCGUGGUGCGGGCGGCGCACCUGAACCACCGGGUGUUCCGAGAGCUGCUCCGGCAGGCGGAGGAGGAGUACGGCUUCUCGUCCGGCGCCUGUGCGGGACCCAUCGCGCUCCCCUAUGACGAGGACCUCUUCGAGCACAUCCUCCGCCACCUCUCCUCCCCGUCCAAGGCCUCCCGGUUCGUCACCCUCGAGGACAUCAAGAGUGGCGCCUUGGCGAUUGAGGGAGAAAGGAAACAGGCGGAGCCUGAUGGCAUCAGCCGUAACGCCCCGUAUGGUUAUGAUCUUGCAUAA